CUCUAAAGAGCUAGAACCCCGAGCUGUGAAACCACUAACCAGUUAAAAAAAUAUAUUUAAAAGUUCUAUUUUGCUGUAAAAAAGUUCUAAAUCUUUUUUUAAAUUAAGUAAAGUGUAUUUCUUAGUUAUUAUUAUGGCUUUCGUAGGUUUUGAAAGUUUAGACGACGAAGUUAAAGAACUUCUACAAAAUUAUAGAUACAAAAAGGCUACGGCGUAUGAACCGUGUACACUGAAAAACUUUAAAGAAUGUUUGAUCGGACUACAUGAGGAACUGGGCCUUUUCAAUAUAGAUUACAUCUUUAAUCCUCACACUGAUAUAGCUGAUAAUGAAACACUGUGCCCAGAGGCCCUUGUAAAGCUUAUAAAUUCAGUGUGGACACUUUUGCAACAUCACAAAAAUACUACGGAAAAAGCUGAUAGAUUGGUGGAGCAGAAUCAUAUACUUGAACAAAAUAACAAGCAGUUAACCGACUCAAUUAUGAGGUUGAAAGAAAAAUUGAAUUCAGAAAAAAAUGAAUCAAAAGCAUGUGUUGCCUCAGCACAAAGAGUAUCUGAUCAAUCAAAUGAAGUUUAUCAAAAACUACUUGACACUAGAGCAAAGUUGAGCCAACUAACCAAGCAAAAAGAAACCAAUGACAAGUGCCUAAACAACAAGAUAGCAAGACUUCAGCUUCAAAAUGACAAACUGCUGGAUAGAAUAAGAAACAAAUCUGAUAGCUACACUGCAUGCGCUGAUGUUUGCGAAUCAACUAUGGUGCAACUUAAGGAACGUGAGAGGAAACACAGAGUCCUGAUAGCCCAGUUGCAAGCUAGUAACCAGGACCUUAUUAGAGAAAUUUUAGCUCUUAAAGAGGAGCUUGUGCUUGAAGGCAUAAGCAAUAUGAAGCUGAAAAAGUAAACUAUUGUAUGGUGACAACACCCAUGAACCACACCCCACCACAUGUUAAAUGGUACUUUCUAUCUCAGACUCCAGCUGGGCAUAUAUUAUGUUUGGUGUUGCAAGUAUAUCCAUUACUGAGGCUUUAAAAGUUAACAAAUUAGUUUAAGAAAAACUAAGGCAACUAAUGUUACCAAUAAUAAGUAUUACCUUGGUAUAAUGAAAAUAAUUAAUUGAUUAGCAUAAUUUAUUAUUGUUUGUAAUUCUAAGAACUGACUGAUCUCGUUAAUUUCAGUAUUAUUAAUGGUAAUUAUAAUAUGAUGCCUAAUUUUGGUGCACUAGAAUAUUUAUAGAAAUGUCAAGUUUAAUUAAUGUCAACUAAUGUCUAAUGACCAUUGAUGUUUCCGUUUAUUGUUGGACCAUUUUUUGAUAAUCAAUAAAAAUACUAUAAUUC